AGCCCCGGCAUCAGAGAGUGGAGUGGAAACAGGAAGAGGAGGAGGAGAGGGGAAGAAAGGAGACAGAGGAGAGAGGAUCGGGUGAGACAAGGUGGCGAGGAGUGAAAGAGAGGAAAAGGGGAGCAGUGGGGCGUGUGGACCAAACAGAACAAAGCCAAUAAAAGAGCUAGUGGAGGCUGAGCAUGUCUAUUUAAAGGGAUCCUGGACUGCACAGGCCUGCUGUCUUGCUAUUCCUGACUGACAGAAUCAUCGAAUUUAGACCAGAGUCUGUCUCCCCCUUUUCUCUCAGUACUCAUUGCAAGGUGUGAAGUGGAGUGCCCUGACAAACACAGGCCAAGACUGGCUGCAUGUAUCACCCAGCAGAGCUGUACUCUGGCCGUAACACAUGGGGCUCCUAUCCAGCUGGAGGACCUAACAGAGGACAAUGGGCUCCGGUAAACAGUCGCCCCUGGAGCCACACACAAAGAUGCCAAGAAGGGCGCAAUCAGUCACAUCAUCCACCAUCAAGUCGUCUUUAUAAUAGGGGGGAGAGAACAGUCAACCAUGUCCAGGACAAGGGUAUCUCGAAGGGGCACAGACAGCCUCUACGCCUCUGGGAUGGUAAAGAGCGACAGUUUGAUGCCCAGAACUGGCAUCACAACUCCACACGCUCAUUCCACAACCGUGCUGGCACAAACAAUGGUUAUCUUACAGGACAAGGAGAGCGCUACGGAAACUGGGACAACAAUGUUAGCAACUCUGUGCAUUUGGGUCCUCGCCUGCAUCGCAACAACAGAGAACUCCAGUCCCCACCAGAGAGAUGGGCCCCCUCAGACUGCCACAGGAGCUUUCCAGACAGAAUGAUAAACUACAAACCAGGACCCUGGAAACGGCCAGCCCCCCACCAGCGCCGAGACCUACUACACCAGCACAGUCCACCUCCACAGCACCCUUUAUCCCCUAGAGAAGAGUUUCCAGCCAAGAGGAGAAGGGACUCUGGCCCUGACCAGCCAUCUCAUCCAGGAUCAAGGCAUUUACCUUUACUUGUCCGUGCCCCAUCACCACCUCGCCACCACCGCUGCAACCAAGAAGAUUGGAAGCCUCUUAAAGACAGGGGGGGUCCUUACCACCUCUCUGACCACAGGACCUCAACAACACAGCAACAGGAAACCUCUAAACUGCGAGCUGGAGGACAUGGGUUCAGUAACAGUAACCUAGCAGCUCUAAACCAGAGUUGUGGCAGCAGACCACCACAUCACGGAAGCAGAGGGAAGGCCGACCGGAAAAUUUCGUCUUCACCAGCAGACCACACCCGUGUGCCUUACAGCCACCAAAACCAUAAUUACCACUAUCAACGGCACACAGGCCACCCCAGAGCCCUACAGCACAACCCACCACUACACCCUCUUGAGGAAAAGGACUCACGGAGCCAUCACCACAAACAAAGCACAGAACCUCAGCGCACUCAUCAAAGAGGCAAUUCAAGGGAUCCAGCCCUCUCCAAGUCUUCUGGUGUAGACUCUCCUCCCUAUUCAUCCCUCCUCUGCAGUCCUAAAGAUGGAAGUUCUACUGCCAGCAGUCCACGUGCUCCAUGCAGUCCAUCUUCAUACACGGUGCCCAGUGGCAGAAAAGAUCCAUCAAUCAUUCAUCAGUGUAGUCCUGGCCUCAGCGGACAGCAGAAACUCCAGGGAAGCCCUAAUCACGCCCCAAGACCUAGCCUGACAUCUACUACGUCUCUUACAUCUCACGCUGGUCCAAAAUCCAAGUUUUCAGACGUCAAAUACAGAAAGGCCUCGCAGACCCUCUGCUCACAACAGUCCCCCCACAGCAGAUCAAGAGGAAAUAAGCCUGAGAAGGAGCUGGAGGAACACAAAAAACCUGAUAAGUUGGUGAAAAAGGAGAGAAAGUGUGAAGAAACAAAAAGGCGGAAGAAAAAAGAGGAAAAAAGGUUGGCCGAGAAAAAAAAGAAGAGGGAUAAAGCAGCAAAGAAGGAAAGAAAGUUAGGUUUGAAAACUCAAGUCACAGAAAAGGAAAUGUUUACUUCCAUCUCUACUUCCAAAUCUUCAGGAGAGGCCAAAAUAAGUAAAAAGGAGACUACAACUCUGUAUCCAGAGAAUCAAGGCCCGUCACCACCCAAACACAAGCACAGGGUGAGGAGUGAACGAGCAGAGAAGACACACAGGCCAUCCACAAAUACUCCUCAUCCCAGCUGCACUUCACCACAGCCAUCCUCAAAAUCUAAAAAUCACAAAAUGCCCAAGAAGAACAGGAGUCCAACUAAGCUCCCUGUCAAGGAUCAACUAAUACAGUUUCUUCCCAGGAGCACCAGCCCCAGCCAGACCAGAACCGGACCAAAAGCAAAGACUGAUGAUACACUCCCCUCCCUUUUAUUUAAAGCAUUAGCACCUCUCAGUACAGCAUGUUCUAUUAGCUUAGAGCAACCCAUCCAUGGCAAAGAAGGUGGGCAGGGAGGGGUUCUCAACGCCCCAGACCUACAGCCUGUGGCUGUGAUGGGAAGUUUGAGGGAAAUGGGAGACAACCUUGCGAAUACUCCUCCUGUUCUCAGCUGGCAGGGCUCUCCUGUAUCAGCUCUGGGAGAAGAUGAGGAGGAGCUAGAAAAGGGAGUGAUAAGUAGACCUGUCCUCCAGCCCAGCCCCACCCAGUGCUUUUCUCCUCCUCCUGUCGACAGUGAGAGCAUUGAUGAUAUGAAUAAGGAGCCUUUUGAAGGUACACUGGCUGAUUAUUCCCACAAUGGCAUGUCUGAACUCUCUGAUCUACCUUGUACAACUGAACAGGUUGCUGAGGAAGAAAAAGAAGAAGAGGUGGACAGCAGCGGGGAAACUUCUGGCUCUCUUCUUCGUGAGCUUCGCCACCAUAAAACAGGUUUGGAUGAUGUCUUCAAGAGCCUGGCCACCUUUCUCGGAGGCCAGAGGGUGACAUGUCGAGGCGGUCCAUUUGGGGGGCCUCCUCCUGGCACCACUAGAGGAGUGAAGUACUCCUCUUCUCUUGCACUGGGGCCAGAAAUCCACUGUCAUGAGGAUCAGGAUUUCUCCCCCAAAUCAGAUCCCACAGCAUCCUCCAAACCCGGUAAUCAAUCACCUACUCACACUACCUCAGACACACUUCUGAAAUCCCACAGUCUGGACACCCUGGUGCAGGAGAAGCAGGAAGAAAUUGAGAAUGACAUUAAAGAGAAACAAGAAGGUAAGGCCAUGGAGAUCCUCACUGAGAGAACAGAGUCAUCUCUUUUGGACGGGUCACUGAGUGCAAAGCUAAGACUGACCACAACACAUACAGCCUCUUUCACCAGCCUCAUUACUGUCUCUACCAAGGAAGAGAGAGGAAACGGCAAAGAGAAAGAACGCAUAGGCACAAACAGAAAAAGGAAACAAAAGGCUAAGGAUGGUGGAAGAGAAGGAGAAAUCAAGAUUAAGAUAAAGACAGAAGAAAGCAGUGUCAUCUGUCCUAAAAACAAAGCAAAAGAAAUAAGAGAUUUGGAAAAAAGGGAUGUUUCAUCCUCAGUGCUCGUCAUCUCCAGAAAGCCAGCCAGACCUCUCAAAGAUAUUACUAAAGGCCAGAGUCCUCAGGAAAAUCGAACCCCACAUGGCAAAGACAUCCAGAGAGAAAAAGUGGACACUGGGAAUGCUGAGGUAAAGAUAAUAACAGAGAAAAAGGAAGACAUUGGUGUGUUAGAACAUAAGAUAUCCUCAGCAGACGGAAACACAAAUACCAAGACCUCAAGCUCAGCGUCAACUUUAACAAUCAAUACAUCCAAAUUGUGUGUGUCCACACCAGCAAGUAAACCUCCCUGCUCAUUAGCUCCAGUUGACCCAUUGAAACUGAAAGCGCUGUCCAUGGGUUUGUCUAAGGAGCUAAAGAUCCUCUUGAUUAAAGUGGAGAGUGCUGGAAGACAUACAUUCAACAUUUCAGAGGUGGAGGAGCAAAGAAUCCCACUUUCCAAGAUCGGCAUCAAAAACACGGCCACUGAAGUGAUCAAAGCUUGCAAGGGGACAAGGGUGAAGGGGCAAUUCAAGGAGUCGUACCUGCUUCCCGCCUUCUCUGUUAAACCUAACAUUGCCAUUGAGACCCCCAUUCCUCGAGAAAGGCUUAACCCUCCUACACCAAGCAUCUAUUUGGAGAGCAAGAGGGACGCCUUUUCUCCAGUUCUGCUUCAGUUCUGUACUGAUCCCAAAAACGCUGUUACUGUCAUCAGAGGCCUUGCUGGGUCCCUCCGCCUUAACCUUGGUCUGUUCUCCACCAAGUCACUGGUGGAGGCCAAUGCGGAGCACGCGGUGGAAGUGAGGACUCAGGUCCAGCAGCCCGCUGAUGAGAACUGGGAUCCCAGUGGUUCAGCACAGGCGUGGCCCUGUGAAAGCAGCCGCUCACACACCACCAUUGCCAAAUACGCCCAGUACCAGGCCUCCAGCUUCCAGGAGAGCCUGCAGGAGGAGAAGGAGAGUGAGAAUGAAGAGGAAGGAGAGCAGGCCUCAGACUCAUCAGCCGCCACAAAAGCUGGUCUGACACUAGCCAACAGUAAAGGCAGUCCUACCUCGACUGCCAUUAAAGCCAAUUCUGCUCCUGUCUUCAGCAAAGCCCAACCUGUUAAUGCCACCAGCACACCCAGCUCAGAGCAGAAAACAGCUGGAAAGAUCAUUAAAUUUGGCACCAAUAUUGAUCUCUCUGAUCCUAAAAGGUGGAAGCCUCAGCUGCAGGAGCUGCUCAAGCUGCCAGCUUUCAUGCGUGUGGAAUCCAGCAACAACAUGCUCAGUCAUGUCGGUCACACCAUCCUGGGCAUGAACACUGUCCAGCUCUACAUGAAGGUGCCAGGCAGUCGCACGCCAGGUCAUCAAGAGAACAACAAUUUCUGCUCCGUCAACAUCAAUAUCGGACCUGGUGACUGUGAGUGGUUUGCUGUCCACGAGCACUACUGGGAGGCAAUUAACAAAUUCUGUGAGAAGCAUGGAGUAGAUUACCUUACAGGGUCCUGGUGGCCAGUCCUGGAAGACCUCUACAGCUCCAACAUUCCUGUAUAUCGCUUCAUUCAGAGGCCGGGAGACCUGGUGUGGAUUAAUGCAGGGACUGUACACUGGGUCCAGGCGGUGGGCUGGUGCAACAACAUCGCCUGGAAUGUGGGACCACUCAACUCGUACCAAUAUCAACUCGCCCUGGAGCGCUUUGAGUGGAACGAGGUGAAGAAGGUUAAGUCAAUCGUUCCCAUGAUCCACGUUUCCUGGAAUGUGGCUCGCACCAUCAAGAUCAGCGACCAGGAUACCUUCAAGAUGAUCAAACACUGCCUGAUGCAGUCCAUCAAGCACAUCCAGAUUCUGAGAGACCAGCUGGUUGCUGCAGGGAAGAAGAUCUGUUACCAGAGUCGUGUGAAGGACGAGCCAGCCUACUACUGCAAUGAGUGCGACGUGGAGGUGUUCGACCUGCUGUUUGUGACCAGUGAGAACAGCAGUAAGAAGUGCUACGUGGUGCACUGUGAGGACUGUGCCCGAGCUAAGAGCACAACGCUGGCAGGAGUAGUGGUGCUGGAACAGUAUCGGAUAGAGGAGCUGAUGAAAACCUACGACAGCUUCAUGCUGGCUCCAUCACCCUUGUCAAAGUGAGGACUCCUCCCUGGUGUCUUUCAGCCAUAACCAAAACUCUAAUGGCAGCACAAAUGUUGUCUUCAAGGCAAUCUAUUCCUGAAAAACACUCUGAAUCAGCUAAUCACGUUUACUCAGUAUUGUUUACAUCACACAAUAAGGUAUGGAUACUCAACCAAUCCAACUAUAGCUCACUGUCUUCCCCAUACCAGCUGCUGAUUGGACGUGUGUUUUGAAAUAGAAUGACUAGACUGGUACUUCUCAUGAAAAGCAUUUCAGAUGUGUACAAAAAAAAUAAAUAAAUGUGAGCACUGCUAGCACUGAAAAUCAGGUUAUAUGUUCAACGGACACUGCUGUGAUUCAAAAGCGUCAAGUAGCCGGUUCUGUGUAUUAAUUCAGGUACUUUUAUGCAAAUUCAGUAGAACUUUUUUACACCAAUCUAGUUAUUCUAUAUGUCCAUGAAUUUGCUGUGAUUCUGUUGUACCAGCAGGGGAAUGGCUUCACAGGAGAAGUAGCUGAUUGUCACAUUUGGCAUCGUAUUUGGUACUGUUUUUGUUUGGUAUUCAGGUGAACUCUGACAUUUGUAAUUCCUGUCUGUAUACUUUUUGAGGUGCUAUUCCAAUCUUAUUUAUUCUCAUUAGAUACUUAAAAAGUUUUACCAGCCUAGAAGUACACCACAUUGGCCUUGCGAACUGUAUUUAGAGGAGAGGUAAUUAGAGGAUUAAACACAUACAAAUAAGGUUUUAUGUAAGUAUUAAAAAAACUAAUCAAAAACUUUUAUCAGUUUCUCUAAAAUACGGGUUUACUAGAGGACUAAUAUGGCUUCAUCCUUAGUUAGAAAUCAAGUAUAUAGAUGGAAAAUUAGUUUUUUUUGUUUUGCUUGUUUUUUUUCACAAGUCUAGCUAAAUAGUUGUUGGUGUGGUUUCUUUGAUACACCCAGAAAACAGAUAGUAAAUAGUUUUGUUUUUAUUUUUGGAAUGGGAAAAUCCCAGUUUUAUACCUCUUUUGUUGUUAUGUUUGUGUUUCUCGAUGGCAGAGAAAAGACUUAAUUGUAAAUUGUGAAUGAAUUUAUGAGAUACACGGUGGUGUGCAUAGACGGGGUACAGAGAAGGGGAAGUUACCAUUGAUGUUUGUUUCAAUGAAGUUCCCGUUACAGUCUGAAAAAAGUAAUAUGCCCAAAGAGACACACAAUCAUAAUCUUUAUAAUGCAAAAGCCAAUGAGGGCAAACAGAUGACCAGACCGAAAGGCACCGCUGUGUUUUUAUUUUGCCCCAAACAUCCGUCCUGAUGAGGUUCAGCUCCAUGCACUGCCAGGGGGUUUAAUAUACUGUGUUUCCAGUUUAACAUGUUGAAGAGCACAUGAAUUGAGACAUGACAAGAAAGGCCCAGUCUUCAUUUAAAAACAAAAAACAAAAGCAUUUAGACAGUCCUUCAAAAUAAAUGGUCUCAUUUUGUUGAGGCUACAUAGUCCAACCUUUGGCUUUAAAUGUUGUCAUAAUGCAAGGAUGACAAACUGUAUACAGCUUCAAAGUAGAGGACUGGAUUUCUGAGGCAGAUACUGAUAUUGUUAUUUGAGAGUUUAAAGAAAUCCGAUACCAAUAAACCAACCAUUUUUCUUUUUUUUUUUUUUUUUUUCAAAAAAUGAAUAACAAAAGCAAUCUUGAUAUGGAUCAUUUACAUUAUUUUUUUUUAAAGAAUAAUUGUGACCGAGAUACAUACAUACAUUUUACAGUGUAAAAAUCUACUUGUCAGCGCUCUCUGGUGGACAAACUAUGUAAUGGAGACACUGCAUUCUAAAUGACCUCAAACCUUGUUUGGCAUUUCUGUACUGCAACUUCUUCUUACUUAUUGGCCAAUGUACACAUGAUACCUGCAAUAAGCUAAUAUCGGCCUGGCUGUUAUCGGUCUAGCUCUGCUUCAAAAGCUUUGAUUUCUACUUAAAAUCUGAUAAUAACUUACUACACUGGACUUUAUUCACAUGCAAUGAUUUGGUUGCAUAUGUUAGACCUAUUUUUUACCAUUUAAAUGGAUGUUCAGCAUUACUGCUCUAUAAUCAUUCUAAUAAAAUCCUCACUAAUGACAACUUUCAGAUCUUACCCCGGCCCUCAUCAGUCUGUGCACACCAUUAAAUGUACAUAAUGUAUCUGUUUUCAGGUUUAGAUAACUUAUGUAGUUUUGUUCUCAAUCAAAAAUCUAAUUUGUAUAUGGUCAAAUUUGUCCACCUCAGUCACCUUGUUUUUGUUGUUGCUGUAUUAUAAUACACCCUAAAAAAUAUCCUGUUUCACUCUAGUUAAAAUUACUGCAAUGGGAAUUUCUUCCCACUUUUAUACCUCUUUUUGUUGUCAGUUUCUGUUUUUUGGAUUGCAGAGAAAAUGGAAAAUUGUAAAUUGUGACAUUAUUUAUACUGUACAUGGUUGUUUUCUUAUAUAUUUAUUGCAUAUCAAAGGGUACUUCACUUGAUAAGGGGCUACAAGGUAUUUUAAAUGUAGUAUGGUCAUUAUGUGUGGAUAGGGGAAGUGCAAUCAGGGGGCGGUUUAAUUUCCAUGGUGCUAGACCCCUCCUUGCCUCUAUGCCCCCUCAUUAAACAGCAUAUAAUGAUGUAUGAACAUGAGUCAGUGAUAAAACUCAAACCAACCGGUUGGUGCUUAGAACCAUUUCAAUAUGAUUACUGGUAACAAGAAUGGAAUGAUGUCUUUGUACUGUAUCUAACAGAUAAAUACAAGAUCUUUUAAAACUUUUUUCCCAUUGUAUUAAAUUCAUAAUCUUGUGAGGCAUUAGUGGUUUUAUGAUGAGCAUUAGCAGUAGUUGUAAUUCCUAACACUUUUGCAGAGACUUUUAGGGAUGUGACUUUUAAUGACGUCGAGGUUUCGUUUUCUCGUGUCUCGUAUCCUCAUUAUUAGUAUUAUUUGAAGGAUGUAAUAAUGCUCUUUUUCCUCUUGACUUGUUUGAUUUAUGCUGCACUAUUGUUUCAAAAAGAACUCACAUAGAAGAAAACCUGAGCCAGACCUGUCUUAAAUCCCUCUGUGAUUUUUCUGUGACAUAUUGUAUUGUUGUUCAAGAAAAUAAAAUGUUUUGAUAAAUUAUUCAACAA